UCUGACGUAUUCGCCCAACAUAGCACAUAAGAGCUACAUAUUGGGAAAUUAAAGCUUUCGUAAUUAAUAUUUCCAUGUGCCAUACGCAGAUCAGAAAGAUUUGCAUAACCAUGUGCGUCUUAAAAAUGUAGGUGAUGAAAAUUUCGUUUGUUCCAGAUUUUUUUGGGCUGUCUGCUUUGGUAUUUCAUGUGCUAUUAUUUUUGUAGUACUGUCUUCGCAAUAUGCCAGACUUAUUUGAAACUCUCAAUUUAACUGGGUAUAACCUAGAGUCAUAUUACACAUCAAUAAUAUCCGCGUCUUUGGAAGAUUUAAAUGUUGUCGAUUUACCAAAACCCGAAAUACUAGAGCUAAUAAAACCACAAGAUUACGCGAAAAUUUCUGCAGACUUGUUCAUUAAGUUAGACGACCAAACAUUGACAACGUUAUUAAAAUGGCCUCUAUCUAUCGAUACUUCUAUGACUGAGAUGGGGAUGUGCCAUGUCCUUAACUCAAACGUUGCUGUGUUCGACGAUCCUACCAAAUGGAGUGACAGCACUGUGGCAUACGCGAAAAAAAACAUUGAGCUAUCCCUACAUGACAUAGACUAUUUUGUUCAGAUAGUCAACUACGCAGAGGCUUAUAAGGUUUAUACUCUCAGCCCCGACGAAGUAAUUCUGAGCGGGGCGGCGUCGUUAACUUUCGACACAGAAGGGUUCUUGUCUUUUGGAGUGCAAAUUACGAGCACUAGAGCUUCAGAGGACAUCAAGUACAUUCCUUUGCAUCUUCGAAAGUGCAGGCAAGGAUUUUACUACGAAACGACUAGCAAGCGAUACUCAAUAUACUCCUACAAUCGCUGCCUCUUAGAGUGUAGAAUAAAUAUGAUACUAAAACUCUGCGGAUGUAUACCACACUUUUAUAAGCCGUUAGAUAGUGAAAGAAUAUGCAGUUUAGCGGAGCUAGAAUGCGUUUUCGAAUACAAAAGAGAAAUAUUGAAACUCUCAGCAUCGAACGAUACUAUGGAGAAAUUUGGCAAUACCAAUGAUAUACCAAGAUCAUUUCGUGAAUGCGGUUGCUUGGGCAACUGCGAGGAAGAUGUUUUUACUAAUGACCAUGAAACAUUUCUACCUCAAGAGACAAUGAACCGUUUGAGCGUUAGCGUAUCUGCGUUUCCGAAAGUACGAGUCAAGAGGGAGAUCAUAUUCAGCUUUUCAGACUUUUUCCUGAGAAGCGGAGGUGUUGUGAACUUAUGCAUCGGCACGUCAGUGAUAUCGAUUAUGGAAUUACUACUGAUAGCUUUACGGAUACUCAUCUACGAGAUUAUGCAGAUGGUUAAAGGUGUUUGGCGAAGGUCACAAAAACCAAGACCUACUUGCAAUAAAAAAAUCAUUUGAUAAACAUUUUUAUUAUUUACAGACAACAAUGUAUUUUCAUACAAAUACGUCAAACAGGCAUCAGUCAAGUACCUGAAACAAAAAUUUUGAAUAUGAAAAUGUCCGAUAUUGCUGAAAUAUUUAAGCGGCAGCAUGAAAGAGAAUCAAACAGUCGCUUACAGAAAAGUGUCAAACAAAAUCAAUUUCAAUAAAAAUCACGAACAAAACUAAA